AAAAAAAAUCAUUCUGCAACAAAAGCAAAAGUAACUGGACAAAGUAGCUCUUUAAUGGAAGAUGCAAGAAACGAGAACAAUUCACAAAGCAUUAAAGAUAACGACACAAAAACAGCUAAGAAAUUUAAACGAAUUACCGUGACCUGGCCGUAGGCGUAGUAUCACUGGUUUCGCCUAUGCCGUAUACUACGCCCAUCAAUGGACAACAUGGGAUUACCGAUUACGGCAGCAUUAAUUGACACAACCGUCAAUAACGAAUACUGUCGUUAGGUGUACCGUGUACGAUGGUGUUUCCUCAGUCCCGCUAAUCUUAAUGAGGGCUAACUAUGGCCUGUAUCGUAUUAUACACAUGGAUUAUUCUAUUAUUAUAGACUUGAAGACUUUUUAUUUUGCGUAUGAAACCGCUGAAUGUACAAACGUUUCUCUGAACGACACAAUAUAACAUUUGAAGGCGGAAAUUGUAAUUUAUGCCGUGCCGUGCCGUUUGUCAGAGAAUUUACGGUUCAACGAACUCCCUAAUUUCCAUCGCAUUAUAAAGAAUGUUAAUUGUUGCCUUGCGUUUUUAAUUAGAUUACGUUAAACAAUUACCAUAAUUCACGAUUACCAUGCCUGCGUGGAGGAUUUUUGGCUGCAUUGAAGAAUUAAGAUCCUCGGAAAUGCAAAGAAUGAAAGUUGAGGUUUACACAUCCAACAGCGGAAAGCAAGAUACAAAUUGUAAUAUUUCAAACAAACGUUCUGAAAAGAAAACCAAGGAAAGGCGAAAAACCCAUGAAAUAUUCGAAGUAACAAACAACUCAAAAAAACAAUGUGAGUUUGCCUUGAACUAUUCGAAAAUUCAGCGUAAUGAGAUUGCUAGUACAGUCCCAAAAUGGCCCAAAGAUAUAUAUGGUCAUGGAUGCAGUAAAGCGCAACAGUUUGAACCCACAAGCAAACGCAAGGUGGCCUGGCUCAAAGAAUCCAGCACUCAAUGCAAUGAUCACAACAGACCAGCGUUGUUGUGCAAAAAAGAGAAAGACCCUUCUGACGUUAUGGAUUCAGAUGUUGAUGAGAUCAUGACAUGAUGAACGAAUGUCUCA